AUGGCGAGUACCAGUAAUUCGAGGAAGAGAAAUCUUACAGAAAAAUUAAUUGAACAGUGGUUAGAAGAAGAUAACGAGCACGAGUUUAGUGAUGUAGACGACGAAGUAGCUGAUCAAAAUUUUACAAUUGAAGAAGAAGAACAUGUUGCGAGUGAGAUUUCAGAAGUCGAAGAAAUAGAAAUUGAAACAUCGAGUGAAGGGACAAAUCGUUCUACUAAUACGCCUGACUCGAACCGCAAUUGUUAUCGAGGUAAAAAUGGUUUUGUUUGGUCAGUUACUGACUUUUUAAGGACAUCGCGAACACUAGCUCGUAACAUUGUGUCUUUACCUAGACAAAACCCUGAUCAUACGAGAUUUCCCGGUUACGAAGCACUCUGGCUGAAGCUUUUUGAUGACAAUAUGAUAGAAACAAUAGUUUCCUGUACAAAUAAAAAACUUGAAGUUUACCGCCGCCAGUUCUCUAAUUAUUCGAAACACGAGCUGAGAGAUACAAAUGCUGUAGAAAUUCGAUCUUUAUUUGGAUUAUUAUACUAUUCCUCAGUAUUCAAAUGUAACGAUGCUGAUUCAAACUAUUUGUUUGCAACUGAUGGAACAGGUCAUGAAAUAUUUAGAUGUGUCAUGUCUAAAUAUAGAUUCAACACACUUUUGAAUUGCUUGAGGCUGGACAAUAUUGAUGACCGACAGGAGCGCUUAGAAACUGACCCUCUUGCUGCUGUUUCUGGAUUUUUUGAUAAAUUUAUCGCAAAUUGUCAAGCAAAUUACCAGGGUUGGCUGAUUUAA